CUCAACUUCAUCCCAAGGUCACCCACAGCCUGCAGUUCGCAUCGGCAUCUGACCCCUAGAUUAAUGAGUCUACCCUCCAGCCAGUCAUUUCUGGGUUCCCUGUCGCGUACAAUGUCUGCAGUCGAGGGAUAUGCACUCCGUCAGCGGAGAUUUGCGCCGCUGAGUCCAGCCAAGAAUACGUUGUCGAACGCACCCCCUUUAAAAGGGAUCGUUUUUGAUGUUGAUGGAACUUUAUGCUUGCCGCAGCACUACAUGUUCUCGGAAAUGCGGUAUGUGACCUGGAAGGACAAAGCCAGGGGAAUUCGCCCUUUCUGACACAACAGGAGUCUUCCAGGGCAGCGCUGGGCAUCGACAAGAAAGUCGAUAUUCUACACCAUAUUCGACAACUCCCAACUGUCGAACAGCGCAAUGUUGCAACCGCUAAGAUCCGGGCCAUAGAGCGAGAGGCAAUGCGACAUCAACAGCCUCAACCUGGUCUCGUCCAGCUUAUGGAUUAUCUUCAGUCUCGUGGAGUAAGGAGAGCCUUGUGUACGCGCAAUUUCGAAACACCAGUGAAACACCUCAUUCAGAAUCACCUCCCUACUCAUGUCUUUCUACCUAUCAUCACCCGUGAUACUCCCAAUUUGCUCCCUAAGCCAGACCCGGAUGGGAUCCUGCACAUUGCAAAGAAAUGGGGGCUUGAUAAUCGAGCAGACAAUCUCAUCAUGGUUGGUGACAGCAUCGAUGAUAUGACAGCUGGACACACCGCCGGCGCCGCAACUGUGUUGCUCUUAAACGACAAAAACGGCCAUCUGAAGAACCACGAACAUACAGAUCUGUGCAUCGAACGUCUAGAUGAUCUCAUUGAGAUUCUGGAGACCGGCUUCGUUGGACACCGGGGUGGUGAUAAGGCGCCUACCAUGGAGCAGCAGGGGUAGAUCUUGAAACCAUCAUGGCUGCUAGGAUAUGAAGCGUAUCCCUUCUUAGAUACCAUGGUAUUCUACAACGGUUAUGUGGGCGAAUAUAGAACUUG